AUGCGCCGCACAGCUAACACCGAUACAGAAGCCGGCUCGAAGCUUCGCGCCAGCCGCGUACGUCGCCAGCGCAAUCGUGAGCGUAGUCUAGAUGAAGACGAUCUCGAGAAACGUUUCGGACAAAGCAUGAGCCUGUCUCUGUCGGCGCCUGUGUUCGUGCCAGCGGCAAAAAGCACAAGCCAAGCACCAGUCGCGGCAUCUUCGCCCAAGCGCUCAAUGGCGUUCGUGACAGAGCGACGUGGAUCCAGCGUGCGCAAUUCCUCCUCUUUGUCGUGUGCUGACGCUUCUUCUGUUGCCGUUUUUCGUCGCUCGAAACGCUCGGCCGCAGCUGCAGCCGCUGCAAAACUUCACAAGACUAUUGCAGCCAAGACAACGACGCAGCAGCAGACGAACGAGAGGCAAAGCAGCCGUAGUAGCAACACCAAUGCACCCACAAAGAUACGAAGACAUAGAAUAUGCACAAAAGGUCAGACGCAGCCGUCGGUCAAGGCUGCCGCAGUGACGUUGCACAAGCGACAUCGACGCAAACUGUCGCUCACGUCGACGGAGCUGCAGACUCAAGAAACACCGUUGAAACAGGAAGCAGAGACUGCAGCAGUAGUUGCUGGACAUGAUGCAGAGGAGAUGUACCCUGACACGGUACAAAGUGCCUUUCCUCAGCAGCUCACGCUCUUUAGUCAGCAAAAACGUCUGCCGCAACGAGUGGCUAGCCGCGACGAUGUCAUUGACACAAUUUUCAAGGUGCUAUUCGCUCGCAAUGAAAAACGACGCGAUCGACCGCGACAGUCACUCAGUGCCUUUGGUGACGACACAGGAACAGAAACAGAUGAGCCCAAUGAGGAGUUUGUCAAGAGGGGACUUGCCAAUGCACUUUUCAAAAACCAGCUCAAUCUGCACGCACCGUCAUCGCUAUCAACUGCAGUCUCUCCAGCCGCAGCAGUGAACAGCCUUAUCACACCGGCAUUUAUGCACGCGCUAGUGAACGCACUGCGCUUCGAGGACUUUCGCACAGCCAGCGUGCGACUCGAUAUUCUACGUGCAAUCCACAAAAGCUGUCCUACCAAGAGGCUGCACCUUGCACGAGCACUUGCUGAUGCGACGGCAUUGCGUGUCGAGUAUGUAGCGGCCGUUGCGGCAUGUAUGCAGAUGCUAGGUGUCGAGAAAACAUCGUCGCAAGUUAUCAUAGACCAUCCGCUUGACCAUGCACACGGUUUCACUGAGUUGUUGCGAUACUUGAUUGAGCACAUUGAGGAGAAACUGCUGGAGACGCCGCCUCCAAAGGGGUCGGACGCGGCACAGGAACAAGAAGAACAGCAAAAGGAACUCGUGCGCAACUGUAUGGUCAGCCUUGUUUCGCUCUGGCGCGCACACUGGGUCGAUCCUGCGGGAUCCGACGACGAGGAACUUAUUACUUGUGCUGGUCAGUUCGUGGCGUACAUGCCAUCGGUCACGGGUCCACUGCUCAAGCGACUACUGAGCGCAUGGCCAAGUCGCUACCCAAAACAAGAGGUGGGAGCCACGCGCAUGGUAGCACGAGUCCUCAUGUCUGGUCCCCCACUACAGCAAGUGGACCCAACACAAGUGCUCCAGCGCCGUAUUUUCACGCGACUGGCGCGCACUGUACAAAGCUUGAAUGUUGAUGUAGCCAAGGAGGCGCUGGCCUUUACUGGUUGUCAAUUCGUUCUAGUGCACUUUUUGGGGCAAGAUCAAGUCAUCUACAAAACUGUGACCGAGGCGCUGCAUACCAACGUUGAAAGGCAUUGGCAUCAUGGCGUGCGCAACACGUCCGAGACGACAUUUGACCGUGCACUUGACUUUGCACCGUAG